GAUGUGUGUUGUAGUUUGCGCUUGUUUGUUUACAUAGAAUAAAUUUUAAUUUAAAUGAAAUAUUCAUAAUUAUUUCGGAUUUCCGUGUUUCUACUGUUACUAUUAAAUAGACGCAGUUAUCGGAGCUGGACGUAAACUCUAUUAAAAUGUCUCAAAGUUCUGAUAAACCUCUAUCCACUCAAGAUGUUGUGGACCCUACUGGUCCAGCAGCACGCAAAGGUGUGCUGAUAUCUUUCCGAACUGGAAAAUCCAUGGAAAUUCCCGAAAAAGACAUAUUAGGAAGGUGCAGAUUCGUUGGAGAAUUUGAAAAAAUAAAUCGCAUUGGUGAAGGCACCUAUGGAAUUGUCUAUAGAGCGAAAGACAAACUGAAUGGCAACAUAGUAGCAUUGAAGAAAGUAAGAAUGGAUGUUGAAAAGGAUGGCUUGCCACUGAGCGGCUUACGUGAAAUCCAAGUCUUGAUGGCAUGCCGUCAUGAAAACAUUGUACAACUCAAAGAAGUGUUAGUUGGAAGGUCACUGGAGAGUAUCUUCUUAUCAAUGGAGUACUGUGAACAAGACUUGGCUUCGUUGCUUGACAACAUGACGUCACCAUUCACAGAGUCCCAAGUGAAAUGCUUAAUGCUCCAAGUGUUGAAGGGCUUGAAGUAUCUGCACGCUAAUUUCAUAGUGCACAGAGAUCUUAAAGUCUCUAAUCUGUUGCUCACAGAUAAAGGAUGUGUCAAGAUAGCUGAUUUCGGCUUAGCCCGUUGGCUAGGCGCCCCAGCACGUUGUGCUACGCCACGUGUCGUCACACUAUGGUACAGAGCCCCAGAGCUACUAUUGCAGUCGCCCAAACAAACCCCUGCACUGGACAUGUGGGCCGCCGGGUGCAUCCUCGGCGAGCUGCUGGCCAACAAGCCCUUGCUCCCUGGCCGGACAGAGAUAGAACAGCUGGAACUUAUUGUGGAUUUGCUUGGAACACCGUCCGACGCCAUCUGGCCGGAGUUCAGCGCGCUGCCCGCGCUGCAGAACUUCACGCUGAAGCAGCAGCCGUACAACAACCUCAAGCAGCGCUUCCCGUGGCUGUCGGCGGCGGGGCUGCGGCUGCUCAACUUCCUCUUCAUGUACGACCCCAACAAGAGAGCCACCGCUGAGGAGUGCCUCCAGAGCUCGUACUUCAAAGAGCAGCCGUUACCAUGCGACCCGAAGCUCAUGCCGAGCUUCCCUCAGCACAGAAACAUGAAGGGCCAACAGAAGGCUACGUCCAACCAGCUCAACAUUCCUCUCUCCAACCUGAACACUGGAGCGAACGAUCAGACCAACAACUUGCCGGCCAUUUCUGACUUACUCGGGUCACUUGUUAAGAAGCGAAGGCUGGAAUAAAUAAGUAUAUAAUUUGUAUUUAAAAACAUCAAUUUCAAAAUUAAAACGGAACUUGACCCAUAGAAGCGUGGCAAAAUGAGGGUACACAAAUAUUUUGGAUACCAAAUAAGACCCUUUAUAUUUUGUGUGAAAGCCAUUACAUCUUAUUAAGGUUUGGUUUCACUACCUUCUUAAGUCUCAAAUAGCUUAUUCACAAAUUUCGUUUUUGUCAUCGGGCAUAAAGUGACAAAACUUAUGGUUACACUAUCCAAUACUUAUCAAUAAGUGGCGUAACCGGCCCAAGUAGCUCAAUCUAAAAUCCAAAUCCGUAAGGUUCUAGCUUCUGUUUUCGUCUGCACCAUUGUCAUAUUAUAUACUGUUUCUUUGAUAUAAAAAAAACAUGCAUGUGUACCUAUUACUGAAAAGAAUUAUGUUCUUUUGUUGAUUUUUAAGUCGGAUACGAAACGGAACCCUUAAUAUUUGUGUGGAAGCCAUUAGGUACAUCUUAUUAAGGGCCAGUUUCACUACCUCUUUACGAUUAUAAGUCUCGGAUAGCGUUUUCACAAACGCUUUCGUCUUCUGUUAAAAAGUAACAAAGUGACUAAACUCACGGUUAGACUAUCUGAUACUUAUUAAUUAGGUAAUGGUCAAACUGGCCCAAGUAUCUCAACAGUUGGGUAAUCUGAAAUCCCUAAGGUUCUAGCUUCUAUUUUCGUCUAUGCACUACUGUCAUAUUAAUUAUAAUAAUAUUUUUUGGAUAUACAUAUGUAUAUCUAUUAUAUAUAACAAAAAAACUCAUGUCCAAAAGAUAUUACUUAAUAAAAUUAUGUUCUUUAAAAAAUGGAAGGCUCACCAAUUAUAGUUCACUAAGAAAUUAAAUAAAAAGAUAAUUGAGA